AUGCAAGACUCGACUGAGAAUGAAGAGACGUACGAGACUCGCAACCUUGCAGACUUUAUAGGACAGGAUCUUCCCAAAGUAGGCGAGAUCUCGCGAUCUGAACGUCUCUACUUUAUCGGCACUGAGUUCUCCAAUCUCAACUACCUCGUGCGUCAUAGAGCGCUGAGGAUGGACCAAAAGGAUGUGUUGCACUUUGGGACCCGUCGCCUUGCCCGGAAAGUUCCUUCUGUGCCUGAAGAAGCUCUGAAGCUGCCCCCUAAAGCACUGGCCGAUGAGCUGGUGAGGGCGUAUUUCGUCCACGUAAAUCGGGGGUUUCCCAUCGUUGACGAAGAUGAGUUUAUGGAGAGCUACAACGGAUCCGACGUACCGAAACUAGUAUCACUACCUCUAUUGAACGCCAUAUUUCUCGUGGGCGCACAUGUAUUAUCUUCAACUCGCGAAGAUUGCAGAAAUAGCACUUAUGUGUUCUUCCGGAGAGCCAAGCUCUUGUUCGACUACCGCUUUGAGCAGCAUCGAGAGACUUAUUUACAGGUUGCUCUUCUCCUAACAUGGCAAUGUGAUAAUCUUGAAGACAUUACGAGCAACAGUUGGCAUCUGGUCGGCGUCGGGAGUCGUGUCGCUUUCGGCAUGGGUAUGCAUCGAGAUGCGAGACCAUCUACACUGAACGCUAUAGACAAACGUCAAUGGGUUAGGCUCUGGUGGUGUCUUUUUCAAUUCGACGUUGUGGUUUCAGCCUCUUUCGGUCGACCGCAAGCCAUAAACCUGGAAGAAUCAGACACGCCUAUGCUUGACGAGAGUCAUUUCCAGGGUAUCCCUAAUGGAAACUCUGCUUUUGCUAUCGAACACACAAAACUCUGCAUAAUCUUCUCCAGGGCCAUGAGAAAAAGGGUGGCGCUGAGAGCCACGGAAGCUGAUCGAGCCGCUGCGACAAAACAAGCUGACGAAGAGCUUGCUGAGUUCAUAACCCAGCUGCCGCAACGUCUGCAACUACCACACUCUGAGCCGAGCAGCUGGCAGGCCAUCCUCCAUCUUUCUUAUAACAAUUUCCUCAUUCUGCUUCACCGACCCCCACCCCAUCAAGACCCAAGCCAGUUUUCUGCUGAUUCUGCCACAGAUCGCAGUAUCUGCAGUGACGCUGUCGUGGCAAUCAACUCAAUCUUUGAAUCUCUUAGAUCGAGGAACACGUUAUGCGACCUGUGGCUACCUUCAGUCCAUGUAUUAUUUACUUGUCUGCUGCAUGUUGCCAGCGAGCUGAACUCGCGCAAUCCUCUCGUGGCUGCAAAGUCAUCACGCGUAUUUGACUCUCUUCUGCAUACUCUGCGUGAUAUCUCACAAUAUUGGAUAUACGCUAAAAGUCUUUUGCGUCUCUUUGAGGAGCGAGCGAUGUGGACCAAGAGACAAAGGAGUCAUACGCAAGGGUCUGAAGAGCAAGCAAUACAACCCAGCGACGGUACUGGUACAUCCGAGUUCUCCCUUCGACCCAAUCCUAUCAAUGUUCCUAACGCCAUUCAUAACUCCUUGAGCGAUGCUACAACGAGUCUACAAUCUUCAGGUCAAAUACCAGGGGGGCCAUCGUAUGGGUUCAACUUCGAUUUUGGGGGUGGUUUAGGAGGCCAAGAUGCACAACAGGGCCUUUCCUACGGUGAUGGAUUUGUUGGCAGUGGUCUCGAUAUGGCUGGCGGUGGAAAUGCUGAGGGCAUGAACUUGUUACCGGUCCCUUCAGUGCUGGAGUUUUUAUUAGCUGGUGUUGACAACCAGUAUGAUUUCUGA